AUGUCAGACUCUCAGGACAAGGGCAAGGGUCCUCAGCGCCCAGAGGAGGGCGAUGAGGCCAGUAACUCGAACAACCAAAACACGUCCUCUAGCUCCUCCGGCGCUACGAAGAAGCUUUCUCCUAAAAUGAUCGAAUCUCUUAUGGAAAUGAACCCCGCGCUGAAGAGCGAACUCGCGUCGAUGGAUAAGGACAAGGCCGCGGAGCUGCUAUCUAACCUGGACAUCUCUCAAUUGAUGACAGGACUUGCUGUCGGUGGAAAGAACCAGAAGGAUAUGGCCUCUUACAAGUUCUGGCAGACACAGCCUGUCCCCAGCUUUGAGGACCAGGCAUCUCAGGAGCAAAUCCAGCAAGGUCCGAUCAAAAUUAUCGACCCGGCUAAGGUUUCAAAGACUCCCGGUCCGUUGGUUGAGGGCUUUGAGUGGUGUACUCUGGAUUUGACAAAUGAGGAGGAGUUGAAGGAGCUCUACGAGCUGCUGAACAACCAUUAUGUGGAGGACGACAACGCUAUGUUCCGUUUCAGCUACUCUCAGUCAUUCCUGCACUGGGCUUUGAUGUCUCCAGGAUGGAAAAAGGAGUGGCACGUUGGUGUGCGCGCUACCAAGUCGCGCAAGCUGGUCGCCUCCAUUUGUGGUGUACCUACUGAUAUUCGCGUCCGCGGGGAGCGCAUCAAGGUGACGGAAAUUAACUUCCUCUGCAUCCACAAGAAGCUGCGCUCCAAGCGCCUGACCCCCGUCCUGAUCAAGGAAAUUACUCGCCGCUGCUACCUCGAGGGUAUCUACCAGGCCAUCUACACUGGUGGUAUCGUUCUUCCGACCCCCGUCAGCUCCUGCCGUUACUACCACCGCCCACUUGACUGGCUCAAGCUGUACGAAGUCGGCUUCUCCUUCCUCCCCAACGGCUCUACCAAGGCUCGUCAGAUCACCAAGAGCCACCUCCCAAGCAACACUGCGACUCCCGGUCUGCGACCAAUGGAGGUUAAGGAUAUCGAUGUGGUCUACGAUCUUCUCGAGCGGUACAUGCAUCGCUUCCAGAUGAACCAGGCUUUCACACGCGAAGAAAUCGAACAUUGGCUCGUUUACAAGGAGGCCGAGGGCAAGGAGCAGGUCAUCUGGUCAUAUGUGGUUGAGGACCCUGAGACCCACAAGAUUACAGACUUCGUCUCCUUCUAUAACCUCGAGUCUACUGUUAUUGAUAAUCCUAAGCACGACACAGUCCGCGCUGCCUACCUGUACUACUAUGCAACCGAGACAGCCUUCACCGAUAACAAGAAGGCCCUGAAGGACCGAUUGCAGGUACUGAUUAACGAUGCGCUGAUUUGCGCCAAGAAGGCCAAGUUCGAUGUAUUUAACGCUCUGACUCUGAGCGACAACCCUCUAUUCUUGGAGCAGUUGAAGUUUGGCGCUGGUGAUGGUCAACUCCAUUUCUACCUUUACAACUACCGGGCAGCCCCUGUCCCUGGUGGUGUGAACAAGAAAAACCAACCCGAUGAGAACCAAAUGGGCGGAGUUGGAAUUAUCAUGCUGUAA